CCAUGGUUAUAGCCGCCUCCUCUCCUCCCAGCAUGCAGCGGCAGAGGAGCGCCUCGUCUUCAAAAGCGGCAGCAGGUGGAAGUGCAGCAGGGUGGAGCAGCAGACAGACGGACAUCAGCCAGGAGGAGUGAAGAUGGAUGGAUACUCCGCCCCCCUCGGAGGUGGUCCCACCCCUGCAGAGCAGAGCAUGGGAGACCUUGACUCGCACAGUUCUCUGGAUAAGCUUCCAAAUGGGAGCGUAGCAAAGCUGGAGGAGGAGACAAAGGAGGAGCAAGGAGACGGAGGUAAAGUGAUCAGGAGCGGCCCCGAGGAGCAGCCAGAGAGGGAGGAUAAGGAGGACAAAAUGGAGAUGAAGAAAGAGGAGGAGGAGGAGGAGGAGGAAGAGAAACUUGGCGACAAAGAAAAGGAGAAGGAGGUGGAGAAGAAAGAAGAGGAGCAGCUAGAGCCUCCCUUCUCCCCUACCAGGCUUUCCUCUAAUGAAGAAGAAGAUGCUGACAUAGAAAAGGAAGAUGACUUAGUCGAAGAAGAGGAGAAGGAGCAAGGAGGGCAAGAUAAAAAUGAAGGGAUGGAGAAGAAAAAUGAGCAUUUCACACCUCCUCCUUUAGAGCAGGAGCAGGAGGAAGAAGAAGAUGAAGAGGAGAAGCAGGAAGUCAGAGCAGAAGAAGAAAUGGAGAAGGCAAAGGAAGUCAAAGGAGAAGAACAGAGGGAAGAGAAGAUGGAUGUCAGAAGAGAAGAAAAGGAGGAAGGAGAAGAUGAAGAGGAGAAGCAGGAACUCAGAGUAGAGGAAGGAGUGGAGAAGGCAAAGGAAGAACAGAGGGAAGAGAGGAUGGGAGUCAGAAAAGAAGAAGAAGAGGAGGAAGUGGAUGCCAAAAGUGAAGACCAGAAGGAGGAGGAGAAAGGAGAUGAAGGAGAAGAAGAGGAAGAGAAGGACAGAGAGGACCAUGAGAGGGUGUCAGAGAGGGAGGCUCAGGCAGAGUCCCCCUGCUCCGUCACUCCUCCUGAUAAAAGAGACGUAAAGGAAGAGGAGACGGAGGAGCAGAUGAGCUCAGCUGGAGCUGUGAUGUCAGCUGAGGAGUCGCUGGAGUCCCCUGAGCUCCACCCUCCCGAAGAGAUAACAAAAACAAGCGCUCCCAGCAGCCCUGCACCUUCUCCUGAGGAUGAAGGAGGAGCUAGUGAAGAGGAGGAGCAGACAGUGAAGGAGAGUCCGGACCGUGGAGGUGUGAUGAAAGCUGAAGAGCCAAAGGAGACCUCUGAGCUACAACAAGAAACAACGAAAACAAGCGCUCCCUGCAGCUCGUCGCCUCCUGUUGAGGACCAAGCACCUCCCGCUCCUCUAUCCCCCGCUGUCAAGGAGGUCCCUGUGAGUAAAACUAACACGCCUCUCGCAAAUGGAGUCAUCAGCAAAGAGAAGAAGCGCUUGAAUUCUACAAAUGGAUCUCCCUCCAUAACCAAAGCUCCACCCACAGGAGCUGCCUCAGUAAGGAAAUCAAGCACCUCCUCCUCUCCUAAACUAACUGCUGCACCCAAGAAAACAAGCGCUCCUCCGACUAAACAGGCUGCCCAAGUUAGGAAAUCAGGCGCCCCCCCUCCUCUUAACAAAGAAAAAGCAGCCGGAAAAGGAACCGCUGAAGAAGCUGCGAAGGCCUCCAGGACAGCAGGAGGAGCCAGAGCAGCCAAGAUGAUGACAGCCAAGAGUACAGAGUCAGUGGAUGGAGUCAAUAGUCCAGGAAGUCGCUCUCCUGCCAGCAGGUCCUCAACUCCAAACAGAGAUGUGAAGAAGAUUGCAGUGGUCCGGACCCCUCCCAGGUCACCCAGCUCUGCUCGUGGACGGACACCCCCUCUGCCCUCCCACCCCAUGCCUAACCUCAGCAACGUGAAGUCAAAGAUCGGAUCCACGGAGAACCUCAAGCACUCACCUGGAGGGGGCAAGAUUCAGAUUCUUCAUAAGAAGAUGGAUCUCAGUAACGUGACAUCAAAGUGUGGCUCCAAAGACAACAUCCGCCAUAAACCAGGUGGCGGGAAGUUGGAGAUAAAGUCAGAGAAGGUGGAGUUUAAGGCUGUUCAGUCUAAAAUUGGCUCCAUGGACAACGUCACUCAUGUGCCAGGGGGAGGGAGGAAGAAGAUUGAGAGUCAGAAGCUGAACUUCAGAGAGAACGCCAAAGCUCGCACCGACCACGGUGCAGACAUCGUCUCUCAGCCUGACUCCUCCCCUCAGCGCCUUAGCAACACUUCCUCCCCAGGAAGCCUUAACACAGCUGAAGCUCCGCCUCUUGACGACUUGGCCGACCAGGUGUCUGCCUCCCUCGCCAAACAAGGCCUGUGAUUGGAUAAACCUGUGCCUACAGACCCCACCCCCUAAUGUUACCAAGGAAACUGCCUGAUGGAAGAAAGACAAAAAAAAAAAUCAUCAUUCUGCCUGUGUCCCCAUGACCUUCACUCGAUAUCACACAAACUGAACGGAGAGAUUUUAUGAAGUUAGAGUGAAGCCGUCUGAACGCCGCUCAUCCAGAUUAUAAACACAGAGUAUGACAGCCAAUCACAGGUCAGUACAUCACCUGAGAAAACCAGGUGUGUAUGACAAGCUGUUAGUGUUCUCACAGACUCAGAUCAAUCCUGUAAAAAAGCACCCAGGAGACGUUAAAGGAAGGACUGACGUGCUGCCAGUGUUAAUGCUAAGCUAGGCUUGUAGUUUCCCCCUUUUUGCACUAGGCUAGGCUAGUUAUUCCCCCCUGCUUCUAGUCUUAACGCUAAGCUAGGAAAAGCUUGUAAUUACACCCUGAUGUGAGUGUUUGUACGCUUAUUUUAGGCUAGUAGUUUCCCUUUGCUUCCAGUCUCUGUGCUAAGCUAGGCUAAUAGUUUCCAGUAUUUAUGCGAAGUAAGGAUAACGCGGCGCUCUCUGUACCGACAGGAAAGGGUGAAAUGAGCCAAUCGAAGGGGCCUCGAGAUUGUUCCAGGAGUACUUUAAAAGCGUGUUCAUGGAGUUACAGAGUAAAAUGGUGCUAUAGACUUGGAGGAAUAUUCAAGGAAGGGUUUGGAUGACACCAAAAAUGCUAAGAUGGCCAAUCACGUCGAAGAAACAGCCUAAACUGGAAAAUCAUACAGCAGCGCUUUGAGUAACGGGUUCAUUUAGUGAGCAUCACAUGAGAAAAUCCAAAGUCAUGAAAACAAGGAAGAUAUGGGAUGAUCUGAAUCAGACAGUGAGUAUAAAAAAAUAUUGACUCAACUUGAAGACCGCAUCAAAAAAGGAUUCAAGGACUGCCUGAUUAAAAUUCUCAUUCCUUUCCAGCAGCCUGUUGCACCAGCUGAAGCUCAAACCUGGCCGUGUUUGAACGUCAUUUCUCAUUUAGGAUGGCGUUUACACUGGGGAUGUACAUUUUAAGUGUUUUAUGUGAUCGAUUUUUGGAAAUGUUAACAAUCAAUUAUCAAUUAAUCAGUAAAAAAAACAUUAUUCUAAUGUUAAAAACAAUUCCAAAUACGUUUUUCCCCCCCUAAAUUAUAUUUUGCAUAUACCUGACGGUAUUGAAUACAGAUACAUGUUUAACACUGAUUAUCAACGAUCAGGCUCAUAAAAAUAUUCUCUGUGGACAUAGUCUUAUAAAGUGAAGGCUCAUAAUACUAACAGAAAAGUACUUCAGACUCACAGAGUCCAGUUUUCUGUCUACUCGUUCUUAUUGAGAGAAAUAAACACGUGUAUUCGAUCAGGUGUCAGCUGGGAGUGCAACCGGGUCAGAAUCAGUGCAGCUGCAGAAAAGCCCAGACGGCUCUGAUGUUGCUGCUCUGCAAACAUGGCAUACCAGCAAUCCCCACCAGUCUGUUAGCUUUGCAUAAAGGUGGAAAUGUCCUGUUUAAAGUUGUCAACCUUCAUGUCGUUGUUGGCAGUACUUGCAUAUUGAUCCUCUUUAAAAGAGGACACAGACACACAGCUGAGCGUCUUCUGUUACGGCUUGAGCAAAGGACUAGGACCCAAAUGCAGAGUACAGGGAAAAAGUAUUUAUUAAGCAAAACCAAGGUUCAACAAAAAGCGCCUUGCGGGUAAAAACAACUGAGAAAAAGUACAAAACUAGGAGUAACACAAAAUCACCCAAAAGGGGAAAAAGGUUCUAUCAAAAACUCACAAACAAAAACUAGGAAUCAAUCCUCUGGAAACAACUCGAGAUAAGUAAACAGAAAAGAGUGGCUUGAAUCUCCUCAGGAGCAAGGCUACAACGGGACAUGGAGCAUGCGGCUAGAGGAAUAAUCUGGCACUGGAGGAGUGUUUGGUGGCGGCUUAAGAAGCCAGUGCUGAUGAGCAGAUCAGGGACAGGUGUGCCUGAUGAGCCUCACUGCUGAGGAGACCGGCCCCGCCCCUACCCAUGCAACCUGCAGGCAGAGAGAGAGAGGGUUAGGGCAAAUCACACAACAAAUCAGGACCAUAACAGUCUUCGCCGUGUGCAACACCUGAUUCACAUCCAAACGUGCUUUAAACUGAAAACACCUCCCUGAUAGAUGAAUGCAAUAUGAGACCACGUGAUGUUUGUUCCACGUGAUGGAAAAUUGAAACCAAAAAAUGCGUGUUUUGAGUAAAGUCUUAAUAAUCAACCAAUAAUCGAUCAAUUGUGUGCAUCCCUAGUUUACACCCUACCAACGUUUUGGGCGUUGCACCAGCAGAGAUAGUUCCAAUGUUAGCCGAAGUUACAACUUCAUUCUUACACUUAGCUCCUAGAAGGUGUAAAGCCUUAUUAACAUAAGCUGUAGUUGAUGAUUCUACCACUUGGUGUCACUGUUAUUACACACACCGUAGAGUAAGGCUUUAGGCUGCAGUUAUCACCUUACUAUGAGACUUUAUCACACUUUGCAGACCUUCUGUUGUUGUUCCUAGACAGAUGGUGGAAGUCUGUUUCAGCUGUAGGUCAGCUCCCAGUUAUUCAUACAGUCUAUGGUUACUCUGCUUUCCUCUGAUUGGCUGCUGGAAGUGUAAACGUGAUACCUGCGACAGUUUCUGGGUUAGUUUGGACGGUUUGGAUAGUUAAGAUGAACCUUACCUCUCUGUGGGGCGACCACUCAGUGACACAACUUAAGUUCAGUCAGACAACUCACGUUUAAAUUGUUUAUUGUAGCAGCAAAUACAUAUUCAUGUUUGGCGCCUCAUCACUCCCUGCAGAUAAGUUUACAUGCAGACUUUGAGGAGUGAUGAGCAAAACAUACUGAACACCCCCGGAGCCUGCAGGUGGAAGCUGGGGAGGCGGCGGGGAAGAAGAAAAUAUCAGCAAUGGCAUGCAGGUAGCAGAGUCGUUGACAGGCAGAGGGAGAGAUGGGAGUUUUUCUCCCAGUUUAAAUAGACCGCCAAUUUGAGAGGCAGAGGGCAGGAUUGGAUGAUGGAUAAGAGAGUGGGACAUGUGGCGUGUAUGGCAUUGCAGCUCGAGUUGUCUGCCUGAACUAGCUCGCAGGCGUCGCUCCAUUUACUUCCAACUUACGCACAGCUGGUGCAACAGGCUGCAGGAGUCUUUGGGUGAGUUACAAGCUGCUUGAUUCAAGCUCAUUCAUCAGUCCUGGAAAACUCAGACUCCUGGAACGACCGACCGAGGCCGAGUGCACCAGCUGGGUGAAGAAACAGGAGGUCUGUCCUCUUUGGUUCUUCAGCGGACUUAACUACAGCCGACUCCUAAACUCAAAUCUACACUCAGUGCAGGAAAACUAAGCGAUGAGUCGUAGCUGUUCUCUCUCUACUGAUGUCAAAAUAUCUGCAUGAAUGAACCACACCAAAAGAAAAAAGCAUGGAGUUAAAUGUGGACGCUGGCAGCUCAGAGCGGACAGCCCCAUUGGCCUAAAACCUGAGAGUGGUCAGCUGCAGGGCGGACGUAGUGCUCGGUUUCAGAGUUGUUCUUUAAUUAAAAAAUGCAACCUUCAUAUCAGCGCUCUGUCUGUCUGUCUGAGCGGACUUCCUGAAGGUUGAUCUGAUGGAUGGAUGACUUUCCUUCUUCUUACCCGUCCAUUAAUCAUCCUCCAAACUGGAUGUGCCACCAUCAAGGUUGUCUUUUAAGUUUUGUGAGGCCAAUACUUCUCCUGUUGGUCGUGCUUUAGAUACACCCAGGUGCAACACAAACAGGGCUUCAUUCUAAGACAGAUGUUACCUGACUUUGAGGCGUACACCUAGCUGCUGCACUCAGCUUCUGGACUUCCAGGAGUCCUUUAGGAGCCCAAUGAUAUUUCCAUGAGUCCCUGAGGAAAAGAAAGAGAAACACAUCAUAGUAAACACAGAACAUGUUAAAGCCUGAAUUGGCAUGUAAACUACCUUCAUAAAAUCCCUUCAAUCAUAUUAAGCUUCUCUCACACGUGUCACAUCUCUCAGCCAAUCAUCACCUCUUCUGUGUUUCUGAAUGCCGUUGGUCCCCGUGAUACCCAUCCCCAUCAUGAAAAAUUACCCAGAAUGCAGUUUGAUACCAGGUGCCAAAUCCAUGCUGUCUGUCUCCCUGCUCGUCGGCUGUCAAAGUGCUUUGUAACAAUAAAGUUUCUCUUGGAUUGAA